CUUGGUAAUUUUGUCAAAAAAAACAGCAACAAAUGCACACAAAUCUGCCCAAAUACCAAUCAACUAAAAAAAAGACCAAGAAUCACAGUACUGCCCGUCCCUUCUUUUCUCCUUUCGGCGACUGUUCACGGUCACGCGGGGCGGCCACAACACCAGCUGGACAGCAACGGCUCGGCGGCGACGUAACCUGAACCUCGGCCCCGCGUGGAUGACUGAACACGGACGGCGGCGGAGGCGAUCUAGACGGCGACGGCGAUCGAAAGGUGGGUCCUGGGCGGCGCGGCCUGCUGCUCGCGACGUCCUACCCAGCGACUGCGGCGGUCGGCGGGAGACCAAGGCUGCGCGACGGCGGCACCGAGGCAACCCCAAGGCUGCAGCUCUCUCCCCUGCUGCGCGACUCACUCUUGCGCGAACCUCACAGCGGCGACAACUGAGGACGGCGACGGCCCUGGAUCUGCUAUUGAUGGCGGCGGCGGUUCCUCAAUGUGGCGCGGCGGCUUCGAUUGCACGGCUAGAUCUCUGCACCCGGUCCCUGUCGCUCCUUCAAUUGAACAGCCACACACACGGACGAUCUGGAUCCCACACGGUUCUUCACACAAGAACCCUAGGUGACAAAUCUUCUCGUAAUUUGUGCUCGUGUUGAAUAAUCUUGCUCCGAUACCACUUGUUGGGAAUUAAACACACAACACACACAAAUAAUCUACGAGAAACGAGAGAAACGGAACACGGACGACACACAAAAAUUUAACGUGGUUCGGUUUCCCUACUCCACGGCUGCAACAGGAGGAUGUCUAUUUCACUUGUCGUGUCUCACCGGAAUUACAAAUACUAGGGCUGAAUAUAUAGGAGAAGGAAAAAACCUAGGGUUACAUA